AUAACCCAAACCUUGAACUGGGCUGUGCGAAUGACAAGCGAACUGGAAACAAACAUUGUAGCUGUUGAACGCAUUAAGGAAUAUACGGAGACUCCAAUUGAAGGAGCACACUCCAAACAGAAACCAGCAGAUAGCUGGCCACAAGACGGGAGAGUUGUACUCAAUGACGUAUGUCUCAGGUAUCGAACUGGACUUGAUCUUGUAUUAAAACAUGUAUCAGCAAGCAUAGAACCAAGAGAGAAGGUUGGAAUUGUUGGGAGGACUGGUGCAGGCAAGAGCUCGUUAACGCUGGCCCUUUUUCGUACAGUUGAAAUUGACAGUGGAUAUAUAGAGAUUGACGGAUACAACAUUUCUACACUUACCCUUGAGGACUUGAGAUCGCGUCUAACAAUCGUGCCUCAAGAUCCAGUACUAUUUUCGGGCACGCUUCGAUUCAAUCUUGACCCAUUUGAUGCUUACAGUAUGUGCAAUAAAUCUCUUGAUAUAUCAAUGAAACAAGACCUGAACCAUCUUUUAGCGGACGAGGAAAUUUGGAACGCUCUACGCAAUGCUCAUCUGGAGCCCUUUGUGACAUCACUCGCUGACAAAUUGCUCUAUCAAAUUUCUGAAGGUGGCGAGAACCUAAGUGUUGGCCAACGACAACUGUUGUGUCUUGCUCGUGCGCUGCUGCGUCGUCCAAAAAUACUCAUUCUGGAUGAAGCCGCAGCUGCAGUUGACGCCGAAACCGACUCCUUGCUACAGAGGACAAUUCGGGAGCAGUUUGCCGAUUUGCUAACUAUUGCUCAUCGUUUGAAUACGGUGAUGGACUGUGAUCGACUACUAGUUUUGGACGCAGGUAGAGUUAUCGAGUUUGACUCACCUCAAGCGCUCUUAGCGAAAGAGGAGGGCCUAUUCCGGUCGAUGGCAAAAGACGCUGGCAUCAUUUCUUAA